AUGAUUGAACAAUUGGGUAAUCAAAUGAUUGAGCUAUUGGAUUACGAUCUUAAUAAUGAACUAGAAGAAAAUAUAUUUGAGUUUGAUGAAGUAGUUAAUAAAAUUCUACCAAAUAAACUUAUAGAAAAUGAUAAAUACAUAUCUUAUAUUAUCAUAGAUAAUGAUAACGAUGAAAAUAAAAUAAAGCGAUACAACAGAAUUAAUGCUGGAGGUCUUAACUACCCUCUUGCUCAACUCAAAGAAUGUUUUGAAGCUAACAGUAGCUAUUUACAUCAAAGAUUAGAUAAAGGGUUUAAAGAGUUUAAUUGUGAUAAUAAACAUGAUGAUUUAACUGCAAUUUUAAAAAAAUAUAGAAAUUGGAUUCAAUCAGUAGCAAAGUUGAAUAAUAAAUUACAAAAACAGCAACUUAUCUGGUCAUUAUUGCUAGCAAUUGAGUUAAUAAAACUGUAUUUGCUAAAAGAUUUGAUUCAUAAUCAGAUAGAUUCAUUUAAUAAACCAGUUCUACCAACUUUCUUAAUAAUUCAAAUAGUAUUUAAAUUAGCAAAAAUAGAUUUGAGUAUUAAAGCAAAUGCAGCAAUUUUAAAAGAGAAAGAAUGUGUAUACUUUGGAAGUCUUCUUGGAGAAUCUUUAUGGCAAUCUCAUAUAUUGCUUAAAGACAAUUUACCAAUCUUAGAAAAUCUACAUUCACUUGAACAAUAUGCUUCA